CCCAGCGGUGUCAUAUCUUCCUACGAUAGCAGAAAUUACCACAUGUACACCCGCAUGUCUUAGCAAAUAUAUAUACACGCAUCAUCAUGACCAAUGACGAGGUGCUACCCUGGAACGUCUCGCGAUGCAAUCGCCUGCUACGACCGCUGUCGUCCAAACUCGCGAAACUGCGAAAGGAGCUUGAAUUGCCUCGAACAGUCCAACCAGAGCUGCGCGCAGCUUCCUCGGCUUUUGCGACCAAAAAUACGCCCCAGAAGACGACGAACUUUACACGGCCAGCACUCAAACCGCGGGGGUUCGAGAAGGCGCGCGACCCAGACUGGAGGCCUGGUGUGAAGGGGAUCAAGAAGACAUAUGGGGGACGUAAGGCGAGGAACCUGUCUGGGCCGAGCCUGGACAGCGCCCAUGCGGACAAUGUAGCUCGGCCUGGCGCAAUUGCGUUCACGCCUCUCAUUGCGCGCAUGGGGGGACACUUGAUGGACAGUCCCCUUGCGCAAGGCUCGCCGUUGAAGAAGUACACGAUGAACCGAGAGCCCCUCGUUCCAAAUAUGGAUCAGAACGAGGCACUUGGGCUCCACGUGCGACCGGAGGUGGCGAAGCUCAUGAAUGGUAUCCUGCAGGCAUACGCCAACAUUCUGAAAGCAACGAAAGAGAAGAAACGUGGACAAGGAACAAAUUCGCUCAUGAAUACUUGCCUAAAGAAGCUCCCAGCCUAUAUCGAACUUGUCGAGUAUUUUGCGGAGCUGGACCAGUUGGAAGAGGAGGAAGAAAUGGACGGUCGAGAUGUUGCGAGUGAUGUAUACGAGCAGCUUGAGACGCACUUCGAACAGCGGCGUGGACAAGGCUGGCGUCCUUUCAAGCAGGUUGUGCGAGCACAUGCCACGUCGCUGAUGUGCAGAGCUGUUGCAGAUGCAGCUUAUUUCAGGCUGAAUUUACCGACCUUUCUGAGCUACUGCCUAUCCGUAGGCGCAUUUGAUGAGGCUGAGGAGAUGCUUUUAGCCGCCCUACCUGCAUUGGAGCCUCUGCCUAUACCUGUCAACGUCAGAGCCAAUCUGUUCAGCCACAAGUCCAUGUAUAUGUCAGCUGUAAGGAACUUUGUGGUUCGCAGCGGCCGGUACCGCUUCCUCUACGACCUCCUCGAGCACAUGGUCGCCCACGAGCUCCUGCCUCUGGAGUGGCUAGCAACGUCACACAUGCGCCCGGUUUGGGACCAGUUGGUACGCGCGGUCACUGAAGGUCAUAGUCACACAUUGGCAUCUUGUUCGCGCUUCCUCGAGACCUGUUUGCUUGCGGGUAUGGGCCUUCCUGACGAGCGUCUUCUUGCUGACGAAGUCACUGGCUCGGCUGCGCGACGGUUUGUGCCUUCUACCCGGGAAGACCUGCGCCAGGCUCUAGAUGCGACCUUCUCGACCCUUCUCAAUGUGCUGUGCAGCAUAGGUCUGUCCAACAGCGGUCGUGACGAUGCUGCUGGCAAAGCCAUUGCACAAAGAGUCUCUGAGACAUUUGAGGUCAUCGUGGUCGCCCUUGCGUCUCGAACAGAUAUUGAUCUUGAGCUGAAACUACUUCAAGCAGAUUCAGACGAUCUCCAGAUUUUUGCGCAACGCGCUUGUUGGCUCAUCUUUGGCUCUUUCCUCGUGCGGCUCGAUGCGCCCACCACAGACCGUUCAAUGGUGGAUCUGUCACCUUCCACACUGAUAUACAUCAUGAACGAUAUUACAUCUCAUUACUCAGUGAAUGGUGUCAAUUCCUUGGCUGUCCUUUCUACACUUCCCCCGCUUGUCUCGGCUACAGCACGUGGUACAGGCCGCAUUUGGCAAGAUGAUGGCUUUGGCGAGCUCCAACGUCUCGUCCAGGCUAUGAUAACCAUGUCUGGCCACCAUCUUCCACAUAAGUUGUGGACGAUGAAGCGGAUUGCCCUAGAGUCCGCCACCGAAUUUGCCAACUACACUGACGAAGCAGAGCACCUCAAAUACGCACACGACAUAGAAAAGCAAAUGCGUAUCUCAGGCCGCCUCGUCAUUAUGCCCACACCCCGAAAAACCGGCACGCCAUCCAGCGCUGCCGGCGGCUUCAGAUGGGAAGACGGCAUCGGCGAAUGGGUCGCCUGCACGCCCUUCAUCAAGCAAUUCACGCGCCCCCAGCAGAAACCCGUCCGCGCGCUCCAGCUCCUGCCGACCCCCGCACACUCCGACGACGCGUCCACAGACUCGGCCCAGGACUCCGAGCACGAAGGCGAGCACGACCCCAUCCCCUCGUCGCCCAUGCUCCGCUCGAGCCCCCUCAAACGCGCGGCCCCCCGCGCGGCCUCGUCGUUCGGCAAACGUGCCCGCGCAGCUAGUCCGCACGUUCUGAUCCCUGCGAAGCGCGCGUGCAAUGCGUUGAAUGUGCCGUUCUACCCCGAGCUUGUCGAUGAGAUAGCCGAGAGCGCGUCUGAAAAUGCGGACAAUGACACUUCAGAAGACAGCUCCGAGAACACAUACAAAGAUAAGCCUACAGACCAGCCUCCGAGCAGCGGCAGGUGCUUGCGGCGCAGCACAAUGACCCACACACUCCGCCACAAAGUGCCAACGCAGCGCUCACGCGCGUCGCCCGCAAGCGGGCUGCGCGAUGUGAGACGCGUGGCGUAUGAAUUUGGUGCCGAUGGGGCGGAUGAGGAUAGUGAGGACGAGUUGAGUUUUGGGUUUUGACGGGCUUUUGUUCGAAGAGGGGGCCACGGUAGUUGGUUGGUGUUGGUGUUGGGUUUGACAUUGGUGUCGGGCCUGGGGACUUAGUGUCGGACCUGAUGUUUGGCGUUAUGUUGGUUGAUUGUAUCGAGAUACCC